UCUGAGCUCUGUCGAGUGAAAAAAACAAAAACAUGGCAACGUCAUUAAAUGGCAUUGCUCCCCAUAAAAAACCUAGAACAGAUCCCACACACCCCGUAACUGUUGUCCUUGGAUCACAAUGGGGAGAUGAGGGGAAAGGAAAAAUAGUUGACAUGAUCGCUGCCAAUGCCGACAUUUGCUGUCGCUGUCAGGGAGGCAACAAUGCAGGCCACACUGUUGUUAUCGGUGAAAAUGCUUAUGAUUUUCAUCUUCUGCCCAGUGGAAUAGUCAACAAAAAGUGCACAGCUGUUAUAGGAAAUGGGGUUGUGGUACAUCUGCCAAACUUGUUUGAAGAAAUAGAAAAGAAUGCUGCAAAGGGUUUGGAAGGUUGGCAAGACAGACUGUUGAUAUCAAACCGAGCCCACCUAGUGUUUGAUGUUCAUCAGAUGGUGGACGGUCUCCAGGAGUCUGGGCGUGGCAAAAAUGUAAUCGGAACAACAAAGAAAGGCAUUGGUCCGGCCUAUUCAUCUAAGGCAACUCGUAAUGGUCUGCGUGUGGGUGAUCUCGUUGGGGAUUUCUCUCUAUUUACAGAAAAAUUUAAGAAGUUGAUUGAAUACUACCAGAGUCACCACGAUGAUCUUGAAGUGGAUGUGAACAAAGAGCUGGAAAGAUACAAGGUAUUAAGAAACAAGGUGAAGCCGUUUGUGAAGGAUACAAUUCCAUACCUGGCCAAGGCCAUCAAAGAUGGGAAGAUUAUUCUGGUUGAAGGAGCCCAAUCUAAUGUUCUAGACAUUGACUUUGGAUUGUACCCGUAUGUGACAUCCUCCAACUGCAGUAUAGGAGGAGUUUGCACUGGACUGGGAAUCCCUCCUCACUGUUUGGGGGACAUUGUGGGAGUGGUCAAAGCUUACCUCACCAGGGUGGGCAGUGGGGGAUUUCCCACUGAACUCCACAAUGAAAUUGGUGAAAAACUUGUGAAUGUCGGACAUGAGUACGGAGUGACGACGGGAAGGAAGCGACGCGUGGGUUGGCUGGAUAUCGUCAUGUUACGUUACUCCUCCAUGAUCAACGGAUUCUCACAUCUUGCCCUAACCAAGCUAGAUGUUUUGGAUGAUUUUGAUGAAGUAAAGAUAGGAAUAGCAUAUGAGAUGGAUGGAAAGAAAAACUAUGACAGUUUUCCAGCUCUUGAUGAAGAUCUCUGCCGAUUAGAGGUGGAAUAUUUGACACUGCCAGGAUGGAAAAGUGAUACCUCCGGAGCUCGGAACUUCUCAGAACUACCUCAGAAUGCCCAGAACUACGUUCGUAAGAUAGAAGAACUUGUUGGAGUACCAGUCAAAUGGAUUGGAGUGGGACAAGCCAGAGACUCUGUGAUUGAAGUCUGUUAACAUUUUAUCGCCUCCAACAUUAACAGUGGCAUAAAAAUGAGGAAAAUGACAAAUAUCAGAAAUCCACACCUCUAUACAUGUACCUGUUGGUGAUGGAAAAAUUUUAUGAAAUUGUUUAACAAUAGAAUUGACAAUACUAUUCCAUAUUUUAAGAUAUUAAAUUAUGUGACUGUGAUCUUUCAAUGAAUCAUGUUUUUAGAAACUAUGAUAUAACAUGUUAAAUGGAAAUGCUUAUUGUACUGUGUAUAUGGUAAAUGUACACGUUUAUUUUUAUCACUGUAUUUGUGUCACAUAUGAAAUGUUGAAAAAUCAAGAUCUACCAACAAUGAAAUGAGAUGUGACUUGUACAUGUUUUUUAUGUCCUGUGCAUCUAUUGGUCUGUGUGUUAAUCAGACUUCUGGGUAUUGAUUCAUUGUGUUCAUUGUCAUAUGGCAUAUCUGCAUAGUGUACCUGUUCAUUGUUGAUUCUUCAAUUAAUGUACUUUAGCAGCAGCUGCAGAAUUUUUAAAAAGAUUUUUUUUCUAAAGACUUGAAUUUGUGGAUUUUUUUUAUGUACAUUGCAUAGGGCAUAUUACUGUAAUGCAGAAGUUAUGGAUUGUGUUGACAAGGAGAUUACAGUACUGACUGCAUGACUGAUAUUCUGCGGGUAUUUUAUGAAUUGCAUGGAACAAUUGUUCAGUCAUCUUUUUAUAGAUUUUUCUUUUUAAUGCCAGUGGUAACUUAAGGCUUUAUU